AUGGGCGAAAGGAAUUACCAAUGUGAGGUGUGCGAUAUGAGGUUCUUUAGUGUCGGCAGACUAAAUGUACAUAUGGUUAAACAUGAGCCGGAUAGACCCUUCAAGUGUGAGUUUUGUGAAAAGGCUUUCAAGCGGAAGAUAACCCUGAAGACUCACACCAUGAUACACACAGAUACGAGGCGCAAAGUGUGUCAGAUAUGCCAGGCGGCUUUCGUGCAGCGCAGCAGUGCCCGAGUGACUAGAAAGAAAAGCGCACGAGCUCAGCACGAAACUAAGAAAAAACUGAAAGAAAACGUGCCAGAAACCAAGAAGAACCAGCACAAUCUUAAAACAAUACUCCAUUAUUCUAAUUCAAAUCCAAUAAGAAAUAAAGAUGCCCUCGGUUUCGGCUGCCAGUUUUGCUCGGAACAAUUUCCCGAACCGAAGAAACUUAAAGAACACUUCUUGCAAGAACACAAAAUAAAGGAACUACUCGCUCUUAUAAAUUGCAGACUGUUUGAAUACUUCGUCAAACUGGACAUCACGGAUUUAAAAUGCACACUCUGCCACAAAGGUCUGAAUAAACUCGAAGAUUUCAUGGACCACAUCACAGCGGAACACAGCAUAGAAGUUUAUAAGGAAUUCAAAAGUGUCAUCGUACCUUUUAAGUUUGAUACGGAAAAGUUAACGUGCGUCGAAUGUAACAAGGAGUUUGUGUGCUUCAAACAUCUGUUGGAACAUAUGACCGUACAUUUCAGUAAUUAUAUGUGUUCUGUUUGUGGUAAAGGAUUCGUUACUGAUCGUCUGUACAUGCGCCACGUAAGGAGACAUAAGGCUGAGGAGUUGAAGUGUAAAGAUUGCGAUAAAGUGUUUGGAACUAAAGAAAAGUUACGCAAUCAUCAGUACACUGUCCAUUUGGGUAAUAGAAAGGGCAGUAGAUGUCUCGUUUGCAACAAAAAGUUGUUGAACUACUGGCAGAAAAUUGAGCACAUGGUUAAAGUACAUGGGGUGCCCGAAUUGGUUCUCGCUUGUCAUAUAUGUGAGAGAACGUUUAAAGAUCAAAGGAAACUGACGCUUCAUAUCAAGAAGGAUCACUUGUUGGAACGGAAGCAUAAAUGUGAAGAGUGUGACAUGAUGUUCUUUAGUUCGACGAGGCUGAAGAUUCAUAUGGCCAAGCAUACUGGGCUACGGCAGUUCAAGUGUGAUAUUUGUUUGAAGGCGUAUGGGAGGAAGAAUACUUUGAGGGAGCAUAUGAGAAUCCAUGCGAAUGACCGUAGGUAUGCGUGCGAGCAUUGUGGCCAGGCGUUCGUGCAGAAUUGCAGUUUGCGCAGCCACAGGCGUUCCAAACAUGGUAUAGUGAUGUAA